AUGAUGCAAGCAGUGCCAAGCCUUGUUGGGACGGGCACAGCCGUUGCUGCAGCCGCCUCCGGCUUGGUAUUCGCACAGUCUACCGACGAGCAACCGCGCCGACGGCCUGCCUCCGCUCUUCCAAACUGGUCCUCCGCCUUCGACAAUCCCUCUUCUCCAUCUUGUCCGAUCCCCACAUCACGACCGCAUGCGAAAUCUGUCAGCUAUGCCAUGAGUACUGAGUACACAGGCUACAGCUACAGCUACAACAGCCAAGAUAGUUCGUCUGCUGGACAGCACCCGACGCCUGCCCCCUCAACUGGCGCCACUCUUCCACAAUUGGCUGUCGCCACCCCGAUCCCUACCCCAAAAGGCGUGGGCCGUCGCCGUUCUCUUAUCCACAGAGGCGAUGCGCACGCCGUAUCUGACGCCUCGCGCGACUCCGUAUCGUCUAAUGGUUCCUGGAUACGGCGUCUUUCCCUCCGGCCACUCUCCCAUGUUGAGAGUUCGCGAUCAAGCAUUGGCCCCGACUCACACUCCAUGAACUUCUCUCUCGGCUCUUCUGCUCCCAUUGUCUCCCCUGGACCUGCCACCUCUGCUCAGCAGCAGCCUAGAAAUAAGCUGGUGAAGCGAACGAAAGCUGUCCGGGAUGGAAGCUCAGACUCGCUUAAAAGGCGUGGCUCCCGUUCCCAGUUGCUCACCCUACGACGGCCAGCAACGAGCAAUCAGCGCUCUGCUACCCUGCAGCACUCGCCGCUAGCGGCAGACAGCUCCUCCUUCGUCCCAUCCACUCCUUCCUAUCCCAAAUGCUCCUUCGAACGGUUAUCCUGCACCCCGGAACUGGACGACGAAGUGACGCGGGGAAGGAAGGACACUAUGCCCACAAGGUUGCUGUCGUUCUUCCACGAACGGGUAGCUAAAUCAUCCGCGUCAAGUCGCGGGAACUCUCCCUUUCCCAGGGAGCGGAGCUCUAGCGUCUCUAGCUUCCAGCGCAAUCCACUUCCGACUCGAACGAUCCAAGUCCAAGGCGGCCAGUCCUCGCCAGCAAUUCUCACCAAGCCGAGCACACUUCGCCCCCUGCGUCUAGGAUCAAAGCACAGCAGAACACUGUCUUCUCUGAGCUAUGCCAGGGGCACGGGAGAAGAGCACGAGGAAUCCUAUUCUCAGUUCACACGUGCAAGGCGUUCUUUGUCCAUACAUCUAAGCUCGCCCAUUGGCUGGAUAUCAAGGGCCAGUAGCUUACGUCGGUCAAAACGGGGAUCGGAGUAUUCUGCGAGCAGCAAUGCCUCCAGCAGCAUCCCCAAUCUGUCCAGCCCACCCACCAGUGGCAACAAGCGGCAUGUCUCUGCUCCAUCACCAACGACGCAGCUGCCGUCUCCACUGCACACACAUAUGCAACCGCGUAGUGUCACUGCACCUACAGAUUUACGCCUACAUAGGGUCAUGGACGAGUCAGGCUUCGCACAGUCUAAUCGGGCGUCGCAUCGGGAUCAAGACAUGGUGGUACGACGGAGCAGCCCCAUCCCGCCCUACUCAUCGGACAGCUCCCGCUUGGUACCCGGGCGACAGCGAAACUCGUCUUCGCCUCUGCCUAUAAUAUUGGACUUGUCAAACUUCAAUGACCUCUCUCGGUUAGGUCUAGCUAUAAGUACAUCAGAAGCGGUCGUACUCUCGGCAAAGGAGGGGGGGAGACAGCGCUCGCAGAGUGCUGCAGCGUUUGCAGGUUGCGCAUACCCAGCAAUACCGAGAGCGUUUCCACUGGUCCCACACAGCAGAGAGGUUUCGUACGAACGCUCUUUUACUGUUGCCGGCUCGGAAAGUGAAAUGCGCGGCUUCGGAUCAUCUGGAGACGACGACGACACGGACUUUAAAAGUGAAACGCUAUUUGACUCUGUACGAACGGCAGCCUCGGCUCGAAUUCGAAUAACAGACACUCCGAUCGAAUCGAUGUUUGACGAAUCGCCACCGGGCACAGCAAGCAAUACCAAGUCUAAGCGAUUAUCUAUACAGGAGAUUUUAGGCCAGUCUUGGGACAGCGAUACCAGGAUUCUUGAGGAAGACGAGGGAGCUUCUACGCCCAUGAACGCAGCGGUUCGCAAAUCACUGACACCUACGCUGCCUGGUGAUCAAGUGCACAGUUUCGGAGCCUUGAACUCUGGGGCAAAUGCCAUUCUUGCGUCAUCUGCAACAGCUUAUCGGGUAGAUCCCAGCCUCGCAUUUGCGCAUGAAAUGAGCUUUGCUAGACUAUCGCUGGACGACGAUGAUGCUGACGAUGACGACAAUGAAGGCUGGGCCCGCAUUGAUGACAGCGGCGUGACAAACAACCUGUCGCCGCCUUCAUCACAAUCGAACUCGCUUCGUGGCUUACAUGGACUGCACGCAGCUGGCAUCGAUAUCAGCGGUAGCCACCGCGCAUACCCCGGCCAACGGCCGGCACUGGCAUUCAUGAGUGGGAAUGGUACUUCUGAAGCGGGCACUCACUGCGGUAGCUCAGUGCACGAGAUCGAGCGGGUGCGAAGCAACCUGUUUGACUGGAGCGAGUCUACAGCACAGACGGAUAAAGCUCACGCGGAUGGUCACUCACCCCGGCCGAAGACGGUGCAUGGCAAGCAAGAGAUGGAUCUGCGGGGUGGACGCCCGUCAAAUCGAAAAGGGCCAGGAGCUGGUCAUGUGCGGAGUCAGAGCGUGCCAGCUCUGGCAGAUUUUAUAGACGGAGCAAAGCCGACCACAUCCAAAUUUGGGACCUGGGCUUCAUCGGGACCUAAGAACCCCAGCGAGGACUGGGAUGACGAUUUCGACUUUGAGGCAAACGGUGAUGAUGACGCCUUUGUUGCUUUUGGCAGCAGCCAACUGGGUGAAGCAGCAGGUUCGAUCAAGGGCCCUUCUACUCCCUUUGCCAUGAUAGUACCGGCCUCGAUUCAGGCGACACAACCAACCGUCAAGGCCCAUUCGGGCCAGAUACGAGAGCUGUCCCUUUUGGUGGACGGACUAAAGCGUCUGUGUCGCCACGCCCGAGACCUGGAAAUCGUCAACGAAUCACCUGCGCUAUGGAAAGAAGCCGAGAACAUCAUUGCAUUGGCGUCGCCCGAUGAAGAGGUAGAAGGGACAGCGCCGACCAGCUCUGUAGAAACUGAUGAUACCGGUACCCACAGCGAUGGUGACUGGAGCCGCCGAACGUCAGCCGAAUUUGGGCUCUCGAGCACCGAUGCCCGCUUUGUGGACGACGGCUUUGAUGCGGGCACCUUGAACAGUUUCGACGACGUUUUAAGCUCGCCUCGUUUAUCGCAUCAGUCGGCAACAUCGCCACCGCACGAGAUGAGCAGGACCGCUGUCGUUCGCGAGCGUCAGGGCUUGCGCAGGCGAUCGGUCUUUUCACCCGAAGACGACAUCUUUGGUGGGGGCUGGCCAUUGCGCGAUGAGACGGCAGUGGGAGUGACUGAGCAGCAGAACGUGGAGGAACAGGAACAGGAACGACCUCGGACUCCCGAACGACCUAUGGCUGCCAGCGAGACUCCCGAUAGUGCGAUGAUCGAGUCUAUCAUGGAAGCCAUGCAGCAGCAGCGGUCGACAUCAGCUCCGAUCAGAAAGUCGCCGGUCAAGACCAAGUCUACGGAGCUGUUCUUCAACACUAACACGCUGCAAGAACUUGUGAAACGGGCCAACACGCUCUACCAUUCGCUGUCAGACCUUGUGCGCCGAGCAGAGCUCCUGACGCAGAGCCCUUCUUGCACCCCGAAGCACGACCGGCCUUACCGACGGGAUGAUGGUAGUCCCGCCUUCACACGCGUCUUUACUGACCCGUCGACUCCUUCCAGGCGGCUGCCUAAUAGCCAGAGCGCCGGCUCAUUGCUUUCACGAGCAUCGCCUUCAGUUGAGUCGCCCGCAUCAACAGGCAUCAGCCGGCGCCUACAGCUGAUGACGGUGAACUGA